AUGGCUGAGAGCUCAAACCACGCCAUCAUUUUUGGUGCAUCGAGUUUGGUGGGAUGGGCUCUAAUAGACCACCUCCUGGGUCCUGACCCUGGUUCUCAAUCUUUCUCCAAAAUAACGGCUAUAACAAACCGUCCUCUCAAUUUAGCUCAGUCUUGUUGGCCUACACCGACUGAUAACCGAGAAUUACAACUUGUCUCCGGCAUUGAUCUUCGACAAAGCGAUGGACCUACUCUAGCGGCCUCAUUGGCGCAAAAAAUCAAGAACAUCAGCACUGUUACUCAUGUCUAUUAUCUUGUAUUCACCGCAAUCGACGACGAAAUCGAAGAAGUCGCAACAAAUCGGCGCAUGUUUCAGAAUGUCAUCGAUGCCCACAACUUGAUUAGUCCCAAUUUGCAAUUUGUCGCAUUUACUGGUGGAACGAGAGGCUAUGGAAUUUACGCUCCGGGUGGAACAUUCACGCCUCCCUUGACGGAGGAUAUGGUACACAAUCUCCCGAGUGACUACGCGCAGACAGUCGUCUACCCAGCUUAUCGUGAGCUUCUUCAUGAAGCAAGUAAGGGGAAGAACUGGACAUGGUGUGAAGUCUGUCCGGACGCUAUUAUCGGCUUUACACCGAAUGGUUCCCAGUUCAGUUUAGCAUUGCAUUGGGCACAGUAUCUUUCUCUAUAUGCUGAAAACCAUGGGGUUCAUCGGGAUGAGUCAGUCAAGCGAGAUGGUACAGUCGAAGUGCCCUUUCCUGGUAACGUGACUGGCGCCAACUCGUUGUUCUCACCUGUUGCUAGCAAGACUAUUGCCCGCUUCAUGAUAUAUGCUUCUUUUCAUCCAGAAACGUGUGGGAAUGAUCGGCUGUUUAAUAUUGCUGAUAGCGACACGCCAUGUAAGUAUGGUGAGAUCUGGCCUCGACUCGCAGAGUGGUUUGGGCUUGUCGGCGUUGCACCUACGGGCAGCGAAGAAGAUCUGAAGGGAGAUCUAAAAGUUGGUGAGCUUCCCCAGGGCCACUCUGCUUUGACACCUGGAGAUUAUGUCAAAAAGUAUAGUGAUACAUUCGCUGGAAGGGGAUGUUUGAAUGCUGUCAGCGGUGGAGUUGGGGUUGGUAGUCGGCAACUGGACAGCGUGGGAUACUGGUUAACCUUCGACCGACACAUGAGCUUGAUGAAGUUGAAGGAAACAGGAUUCAAAGUGGAUGGAGAUCCAGUUCAGGCUUGGUUGGACGCCUUUGAGAUGUUCAGAACCGCUGGUUUGAUACUGUGA